AUGCAGGUUGUCCCGCAGGCAUGCGAGCCUGCAUUGCAGGGCCCGAUGCUCAAGCCUCACAGGUCCGAUGAAAGUGCCGCUGAAUCAGUGGUAGAGGCCAGUGUGCAGCAGAAUGUGAAGCAGAACGGACUCUCCAACCACCAACGGCUUUUAACGACAUCCUAUCCUUCCAAUAGUCUCAAGUUUCUUCAGAUUUUAAAUGCACACAAAAACGAAACAUCGAGAGUGCCUUGGGGAGCGAAGAUUAUCCCUAACAUAUUGAUCGUUGGAGCUGGCCUUGGCGGCCUCUCGACAGCCGUUGCGCUGGCGAGAAAUGGCCACAAGGUAACAGUGCUGGAACAGGCUCCCCAGUUGACCGAGGUUGGAGCUGGUAUCCAGAUUCCUCCCAACUCGAGCAAACUGCUUCAAAGAUGGGGUGUCAUGGACAUCAUGUCGGAACAGGCUGUUCGGCCGGAUGGUAUCUCCCUCCAUCGCUGGGAAAAUGGCAAGAAAAUCGGCUUUACUGACCUCUCGGAGUCGUUUGUCGAGCUUUGCGGUGCGCCCUAUUAUGUCGCCCACCGUGCUCACCUUCACUCGGCUCUCUACCAGCGUGCAGUGGAUUUGGGAGUUACCAUCCAUCUCAACAGUAAGGUUUCCAAAUAUGACCCAGAGAUACCUUGCGCUACCCUGACCAACGGCCAAAAGUUCACCGCAGACUUAAUUGUCGCUGCUGAUGGGCUUAAAUCUUCAGCGAGGAGCCUGCUCCCUUCCAAUAUGGUAGCUAGCCCGACCUACACAGGAUUUGCCGUUUAUCGGGCAACUUUAGACGUUGGCAAGAUAAGAAAGAUACCCGAGAUCAACUGGAUUAUUGCUAAGCCGGGUGUCCAUAUGUGGGUUGGUGAAGAUCGCCAUGUAAUGACUUACACCAUUGCCGCUGGCCAAUCUUUCAACAUGGUGCUUUCACAUAGAGACCACAGAGAUCCUUCAACUUGGCAGGAAAAGACCCAAGCAGAGAUACUUAGGGAGAUGAGAGCUGAGUUCCAGGGAUGGGAUUCACAACUUACUAAAAUCAUCGACUUGAUCGACACCACAGUCAAGUGGCCCUUGGUUGCGGGAGCUUUUCUAGAGAACUGGGUGGCAGACUCUGGCCGUUUAGUGAUUCUCGGUGAUGCAGCUCAUGCCAUGUUACCUUACAUGUCACAGGGUGCAGCCAUGGCAGUCGAGGAUGGCGCUGCUCUGGCAGUGGCUCUUCACAAUGUCUCAAGCCGUGAGCAGCUGCGGCUUGCACUUGAAAUUUUCCAAAAGGAACGCAAGACCAGGACCUCCAUGAUGCAAGAGGCAAGCAUGGUCAACGCUUUGCUGUUGCACUUCAAGGAUGGACCUGAGCAGCGAGCCAGAGAUGCCGCGAUGGAACCCGAAGUACAAGGUCGCAAGUUCGCUUCCAGCCCGAACCAGUGGUCCGACCCACUGACACAAGCAUGGGCUUAUGCUUAUGACGCAGAGGAAACAAUAUUGGAACAAUGGGAGCUAAUUAUCUUAAGCCUAAGAGGAUUAUUUAGCUAG